UUCUUUUCCUCGCCCGUCUCCGUCUCGUGGCUCUUAGAAUCUUCAUCCGCAUUCCCGAUUCAGCCGCAUCAGCCAACCUCUCCUCUGGUCGCGGUCGCCGACACGGCCUUAAUUACUACUCGGCCGUUCAAGGCCACACCAAUUGCUGCAUCAGGGGUUUGGGCAGCUAUUUAAGGUGAACGGCUGUUGAGUAUCGAGGUGAGCAAUAAUUGAUAAGCUUUUCCACGUCUUGCUUAGGACUAUUUCUAUCCGAAUCCUCUUAUUUCUGGAAGCGCCCUUCGUUUUCAAUUGAUCGACGCGAUUUCAUGCGCCAGCCAAUCUACCUUGUUUAAAUGCGAUAGCUUGCUGUCUCCUAUAGCUAGCAAGCAUCGAAUUUUAAUUGGGAAAGAUGUCUAGAGGUGCCGACGAGAAAGCACUGGCGGAGCACGAAAAUUCGAGGGAAAAAGAAUCAGUUACGGCCGAGGACGGAUUAGGUUCAAGAAAAGGACGUGGCCUCCUAAACGUACCGUCGAGAUCAUCAUCGCAAAAGAUACAGUCAUCGUCAGCAACAACGGGGCUCAGCGGGACGACUGCUGACGAUCCGCGAGAUAGCAUUGGUGGCAAUUCUAAGGAAUCAAAACACAGUAUGCUUGGCAGGCGUCGGAACGGUAGUGCGUCCAGCAAUCACUCUGGGGCUGCCACGAAUCCCACGACUACACCAAGUACGUUGCCGCCAAACUCCCCGGCUGGGGCUCCGCAGCGGCGAAAAAAGGGCGGGUUACUGGCCCUCCUUGGAUGCUGCGUUGUUCCUAAUCACGCCAGCACCCUCGAAGGUGGUGAAGAUCCACUCCCUUCUCACAAACUGGAUAAGCUCCCUCAAAGACCGUUGACAUCUAGCCGACGAACUACAACACCUUCAGAGCAGACGGGUGGGAGUAAGACUCAAGUUUACGAGAAGGAGAAGGAGUCGUCGCCUCAAGCAAGUACCGCUGCUCAAGACGCAUCCAAAUCCGCAAACCGGGUCUCGGGGUCAGCGACUCAGGACCAGUCCACGAUCGGCGAACGCGAGAGCGAGUCGAAACAGACUACCUUGGUCGGGGCACCAGGUCCCAGCAUCACGGUUAACCCCCCGGUUACAGAAGAUCAUGAAGCGGAGGCGGAUGCUGUCGAAGGGCCAUCCAGCAGGGACGUCGACGGCGAUGUUGAGAUGGCAGAUACAGAACUAGCUGUAGCUGAGCCAGCUAACCAACCUAGUACGGACGACGAGUCUCAGUAUGCGAAGUCAGUUCCGCCGCCGCCGCCCGGACCGGUCCCCGUUGCCAAUCCCGCCCCCAUUGCGCCAGAGGAGAAAUCCGUGGAUCUAGAACAAGGCCAACAAAAAUAUCUUCUACCACCUAUUGAACCCCAUCUCAAGGGCAGAAAGUGUCUGGUACUAGACCUAGACGAGACUUUGGUGCACAGCUCCUUCAAGAUAUUGCACCAAGCCGAUUUCACGAUACCAGUCGAAAUUGAGGGCAAUUAUCAUAACGUGUAUGUCAUCAAACGGCCGGGUGUAGAUCAGUUCAUGAAGCGCGUGGGCGAGCUAUACGAAGUUGUAGUGUUCACAGCCUCUGUCUCUAAGUACGGCGAUCCAUUGCUAGAUCAGCUCGACAUCCACAAGGUUGUCCACCACCGACUGUUCCGAGAAAGCUGCUAUAACCACCAGGGCAACUACGUCAAGGAUCUUUCUCAGGUCGGCAGGGACCUUAAGGAUACUAUUAUCAUUGACAACUCUCCUACCUCAUACAUCUUCCAUCCUCAACACGCCGUGCCCAUCAGCAGUUGGUUCUCGGAUGCUCAUGACAACGAAUUAUUAGACUUGAUACCCGUUCUCGAGGACCUGGCCGGAUCUAACGUUCAAGAUGUCAGCCUGGUUCUCGAUGUCACUCUUUAAGCUUCAGUUAAUUUCUAUUCUAUGAGAACGGCAAACGAACCGAACACUACCUAGGGUAGCCAUCAUAGCGGCGGGCGUUUGGUGACAAUAACUUCGAAUUUUUUUGGUGUAUAUGUACUGUUUAAUCUUAUAUACCGAGUUAGGCUGCGUGAGCUCGCGUCGCCCCUCUCUUCUGCCUCCUUUCCUCAAUUCGGUGGAUGAAUCCAAAGUUGAUCAGCUACAUAAAUGCAAACUUAUUCUACAAGAGGAGCUUGCCAUU